CAUGUUUCUAAGCUAAUAUGAAUUGACAUACGUUUUUAAAUGGAUUAAUAAUGCGCAUAUGCAAAAGUAUGAAUAUAGGCGUUGUUUUAACGUGUAUUGGGCUUCGUUCUUCUACAUGUAAGGCAUCUCUAUAUGCUAAGUGCUACAUUAGCAAUAUGGCCUGCUUCAUUAUGAACACAAUGAUCUAGCUUUGGAGAUCUUUAGAAUGACAUCAACUUUUAGAAUGUCAAACACAUUUUCCAUUCGUAAUUUUACAUAGGUUAGUUUGUAUAUGAAACUGCCUCACUGCAAACUUCAUCAAAUAUUAAAGUUCAGCUAUGCUGAUGGACCAAUCAUUGUUACUGUAUGUCAUUCCUGCAUACAAAGUACAAAAGCUAACUCCAGUACAGCUUUUCAAAAGGUCAUCAGAAGUAAUGAGUGGUGAAGAUUCUAACCCUGCAGCCACACCCACCCCCUGUCAGGACAUACAAGGAGAUGGUCGAUGGAUAUCACUGCACAGUCGAUUUGUGUCAGACAGUAAAGGAAAGGAGCCUGAUGUUCUGUUUGUUGGAGACUCACUUGUACAGCUUCUGCAUGAGUUUGAGGUUUGGCGAAAAUUGUUUUCUCCUCUCCAUGCCCUAAACUUUGGAAUCGGUGGGGAUGCUACACAGCAUGUACUGUGGAGACUCAGCAGUGGAGAAUUGGACCACAUCAGCCCCAAGGUGGUAGUGUUAUGGGUGGGCACUAAUAAUCAUGGGCACACCCCGGAACAAAUCUGUGGAGGCAUCAUGGCCAUCAUCAGUGUGAUCCAUCAGAAGCUGCCCCAUGCUUACACUCUUGUAUUGGGUUUGCUUCCGAGAGGGAACAGUCAAAACCCUCUUCGAGAGCGCAACAAGAGUGUGAAUGCUCUAGUGCAGGCUGAAGUAGAAUCUCUGUCUCAUGUGUCUUUUCUGGACAUGGACCCUGGGUUCAUUCAAGCAGAUGGUUCCAUCUCACGUCAGGACAUGUAUGAUUACCUACACCUCACACCAGCGGCCUACCAGAGGGUGUGUCAACCCUUAUAUGAACGCAUCAAGUCUCUGUUAGAUAAACAGGCUCACUGAACACAAACAAACGUGAACACAAGAAAAUACAGCAUUAUCAUCUUCAUCCAGUGCAUCAAAAUCUACCCGUCUACUGUCUACCCAUUAUGCUCUACAAUUAGAGCCAUUAUUGAGCCCUUAUUGAGAUUCAAACACCCUCGGGAAACAUGACUGUUUAAUGGACACGUACGCAUACACCACGCACAAUGUCACAUGCUUCUCAUCAAUAUGUUACAUGUCCUUUCUCCAAAGUAGAUUUUUUUGUUCACCUUGUACUGUAAUGUUAGAACCAGACCUAUUUACACAAAAUGGUUAAUAUAUUCCAAAGCUCUUCACAUUCUAACUCUUCAGAUGUUGAGAAAUACUCUAUUUGCUGAAAGGAAAAAUACAAACUAAGUUGUUUCAGUUCUCCUUUACUGAGCCUCCGCAGUACAUGCCCAUAGGCUUUUUUCUGAGAAAAGGACAGUUGAUUCACACAAGGUUGACUCUAAAGUGUAAAUUAGAUUGUUUUGGACACACUCUUUGCUGAAGAAUUAUUGUAGUAAACACUGAUUUAGUUUGUCUAUGGCAAUUAUUUUGUACAGUAUGUUUCUUAAUUGGUCUAUUCCAUGUUUGUUCACUAUAUUUUGAUCAUUGGUUAUUAAUUUAGUUGCGUUCUAGUGUUUCACAGAGGGUGAAUUGCAUGUACAUCAGGCACCUGGGGUUUCUGAAAGAUGUACAUGUAGAUAAAAAGCUGAUAUCUUGUAACUAAAGGCAAGAAGUGUGUGUGGUUGGUCUGCCCAUGGCUCAAGUUUAACCUAUUUUUAUGCAUCUGUAAAUCUGUAUAAAAUUUUGAAUAAGCGAAUCAAAUUGUAAGGGGAAGAUCACUAUCUGUAUUAGCUAGAGGCAUGAAAGCUAUUGUCAACUGUCACUUUAAAGUGAAUACUUGUAUGAUUCCUCUGCUUCCUUUUCCUGGUGUUUGUUUUGCUUUCCUCUAUAAUGGUAUAUAUGAACAUUAUCAUCUUGUACUAGGCUUAAAUAAUGGUCCAGGAAUUGCAUCUUCUUAGAAUUCAACUGAAAUUGUAAUCUGAGGGCUAGAUGUCUUGCUUUUUUAUGUAUUUGUGUCAAAAUAGUGAAAUAAAAUCUGAGAAAUCUGUUAAACCUGUAAUGAGAUGACUAUUUUGUGUGCUUGCGUGUCUGUGUGUGUGUGUGUGAGAUUAGUUUAUCAUGAAAAGAUUGCUUGACAAUCACAUUCCCGUUUCAGUCAGAGAAUGAUUGUAAGAAAUUAUUUUUCCCUCUCAUCUUUGUUAUUCGUUUCAAUGA